AUGGGUGUUCUGGAUAAUACUUUCGGAGCGUUCUUGAUUGGGGUUGUAGUCUCUGCCACGCUCUACGGUGUCACUUGCGUGCAGACAUGGUACUACUUUAGCCGGUAUCCCUCGGACCCGUGGUACAUCAGGCUCUUAGUUGGUGUUGUACUUCUAUCAGACACGGUGCAUCAAGCUUUGAUUACACACACCGUGUAUACAUAUCUUGUCACCGACUUCGGCGUUGCCAGCGACCUCGGGAAUCUUGUGUGGAGUCUAAUUGUUGAAGUUUUAUUCAAUGGCCUCACAGCGCUUAUGGUUCAAUGCUUCCUUACCAUGCGUGUCUACAGACUAAGCAACAAGAGCAUAGUUGCAACCGCGUCUGUGCUGUCCCUUGUCAUUGGUGAAUUUAUCCUUGUUGUCGUAUACGUUGGGAAAGCUGUCCAUAUGACGACCUUCGUAGAACUCACCACGCUCAAGCCAUUGUCGAUGUCUGUGAACGCUCUCGCAGCUGCUGGAGAUGUCCUUAUCGCUGUAUUCCUCUGCACACUCCUUCAACAAUCUCGCACUGGUUUCCGGAGGUCCGACACCAUGAUCAAUAAGCUCAUUCUGUUCAGCAUCAACACCGGUCUCCUCACCAGCAUUUGCGCGGUCAUGUCACUCAUUUCUAUUACAGUGUGGCCUAAUACCUUCAUUUACAUCUCAUUCUAUUUCUGCUUGGGUCGUCUUUACUGCAAUUCCCUGUUGGCAACUCUUAAUGCUCGCAAGAGUCUUCGUGGCGAUUCUCGUGACGAAAACAUGACGCUUUCGCUACAAGGAAUUCAGAAAACUUCUACUAGCAUCGGUACUUCGCAAAGGCGCUUGCCGAACAACAUUUCAAUUAAGAUCGAUACCACGCAGGAGUACGUCCGAGACGAGUACUCGUCUGCAACCGAACUUAAAAGUGCUCAGGCAGUCUAA